AAAGUAUACCCCUAGAGCGUUUGCUGUAAACUGUGACCUUGAGGGGACGCGCACGUUAAGUUUGUUCCAGACGUCGGAAUUUUAUUAGCUGUGCCCUCAGAGCGAAUUUCUGAAGGAAAAAAAAGAGACAGAAGAGCAGCAAGGCACUAGGAUAUGAACGCCAAACGUUGCUUAACAUUGUGUAGUGGAACAGACAGAGUGAAAUGAAGUCAGAGGCUCCAUAUUAGAGAAUGUAGUAAUAAAGAACAAUGAGUUGCACAUGCCGAAAUAUAUUAUUAUUAUUAGUUGUGUCGUUUAACGAGUUGUGGUAAGCUCACAUGAAGGAAAGGAAGUCAAGGCUGGUACAAGGAAAGCGGUUCAUUAGAAGGGUGUGUAUAUAGGGGGUGAAGUGUUAAGAAAGAAAACUUGUCAUACCCUUUACUACCGACCCCUCACAUAACAACGGCUCCCACGUAUAUCAACAGUCGCAACUCCUCCCAGUUACGCGUAGCAGACCCCUCUCACGCUAACGUAAAUAGCCAUAACAGAGGCUACGAGUCUAACCAUCAAGACUAUUUUGUAAAUAACCAUACACUUCACAGUAGGCCUGUACAAGAUUUUUUUGGAAUAAGACCCCUAGUGACACCUCUGUUGAAGCAUAUAGCCCAGGUUAUUUCAAACCACAUGCAAACCAUAAAUUUGUUUCCUCCGUACAGUUUCCAUCACAGAGUACUCCCACCCUUUCCUCCUGGGUAAACUCCCCAAUCAACUUCACUAGCUCAUUUGAUACAUCUCCCACUAAAUCUAGCUAUCAAAAUACCGAGCUAAUGAAGAACAUUCAAUCCAUCAUUUCAAACUCGUCUCACACCCGCGAGGGUUACGACGACUUUAUCCGAGAUACUCUCAACCAUUUUAACUUAGUAGGCCACUUGCUUAAUAUAUGUCUUAUCAACGCUCGGUCGAUCUGCAACAAAAAGACGGAUUUAGCCCUGUUUGUAUCCAUAUAUCAACCAUCAGUUAUUAUGAUAUCUGAAGCAUGGACUAACAGUAAUAUUUCCGACCAAAGUAUAUCUUUUGAUAACUAUUUCCUGUAUAGAAGUGACAGAUUGAAUGGACGAGGCGGAGGAUGCCUUAUUUACGCUCACUCUAGCCUAAACUCACUACUAUGUGAUAUGCCUGAACUAAACAAACUGAAGGAUUCGGUGUGGAUUGUAUUAAAGCUGUCGAAUUCCGUUACCUUACUGCUCGGUUGUGUUUAUCGUCAACCUAACGCAUCAAUAGAUGAUAUAGCAGUAUUAUCGGAGGUAUUCACACUAGCAUCAUCCCUCUCAUUCACAGGCAAGCUCAUUUGUGGUGACUUCAAUAUGCCCGAAAUUUCUUGGCUGCCAGUCAAAGCGCCGAGACGUUAUGAAUCAUUUAUUGAAUGUCUCGAGCUCGGACAAUGGACUCAGUAUGUCGAUAGCCCUACCAGACAUCAAAACAUCUUGAACUUAGUCUUUACCAGUGGCCUCAUCCCCAAUACUUUGUAUAUUGGAAAAAAGUUCCCAGGUAGUGAUCAUAACAUUGUCAUAUGCAGCCUUAAUGUAAAAACCACAACCAAUAGAAGCAAAACCGUAACACUGCGUAGAAACUAUCGCAAGGUUGAUUGGAAUAACUUCCACAAUUACCUAAGAAGCACUGAUUGGGGAACUUUCUUUACCUCAAACAAUACCGACACAUUUGUAGAACUUAUGGUCUACUAUGAUAUUAGUACUGCUCUAAUAAUAGACCUAAUCCUAAAUUUGUAGAUUUGUCAUGAUAUGACUGCCUAAUCUAUAAGAUCUUACGUGGAAGUCACACCAUCGACUACAUCAACUCACUGUAUCGUAUCAAUUACCAAUACAUGAUGUAGAACAAGGUCAGGUUAGAGAAAGAACAAUAUAUUUAAUAUGAAAAGAAGAUAUAAGGUAACAUUCAGCAGAGACCACGCCUGCACGGCCGAGCCAUGCCGUUCGAUCAACUCUAGUCCAUUCAAUUCAUUAGUCGCGCCUUCUCCAUCGUUAGGUAUUUCUUCGCGUUAAAUAUUGAAUAUCUAUUUUCUGAGUAAUCUCGUAUUCAGCUUUGAGGAUUGUGUGGUUAUGGUCCAAUGCCACUACACUACUCUCCCACCAGAAUCAACGUGGUGUUGGUUCGAUACCAAAUUGGAUGGGACUGUAGUGUCCCGAAGGUUACCAAGACUAGUAAUAAUCCUCCGGGUGAUGACAAGCUGAAAGAUAAAUCAAAAAGAAGACGGCAGCAUCUGGUCGGGAAAUACAUGUAAUAAUUUUAAAAUAUUUGCCUUCAUGCUUACAAUAAAAAUUUGAGUGAUUAUUUGAG